UGACCUGUCUUUCCGUCUUUUACAGCUGCAGUACACAGAUCACAUGUUGUCACCAGGUGUCCUACAUUACUGCGUCACACCUGCGGUGUGUCUGGUUAUUGACGUUAUAUAACCCUUUGCCACUGGUGCCAUAAUUUUGAUGAGAGGAGAUCUUGUAAGGCGCGGACGAGUCUCUAGAUAUUGCUCGGGGCCGGGAUAACGUUAUAACGUUCAGAAUCAGAGAAUUUUUCUUUAGGAACACGCACAGUUUACAUCCAGAAGAACAAUCAUGGCAGUUUCUGUGUUUGCCUGGCUGCGGAAGUACCUGACCGUAGAGCCUGUGAUGCUGCUGUACAUGACUGGUGCAUUCCUACAGUUCCCUAUACAGCAGCAACUGGUCUACCAGAAAGUCUGUGUCCAGACCUACAAUGACACCGUACUCUGCAGCAACAUAAGCGCACAUGAAACAGAGGAAAAGUUUGUGGAGACAGUGGCAUCUGGGUAUCUCCUGUACCUGAACGUUGCAAAUGUCAUCCCUUCGGUGCUGGUCCUGUUCUUCCUCGGAUCGUGGACCGACAAGUUUGGACGUAAAGCCGCAAUGGUCCUUCCCUCCAUCGGAGCCAUGAUAAGUGCUUCAAACCUCAUUAUUCAGUCAUAUUUUGUCUAUGCUGCAGUACCUUACCUCUUCAUUGGGUCCAUCGUGGCAGGCCUUACAGGAGGCUACGCCUGUGUCCUGAUGUCCACCUACACGUACAUAACAGAUGUAACAGACGACACCAUGCGCACAUGGAGGAUCGGCAUCGUGGAGGCCAUGACUGGUCUGGGGGCAACUAUUGGCUCCGCUUUGGGAGGAGUCAUGGUGGACCAACUUGGCUUCAUGUGGGUUUUCAUCCUGUAUCUUAUCUUGAAUAUCAUUUUGAUCGCCUACGUUGUGCUUUGGCUGAGAGAAACGGUACAGAAGAAGCCAGAAAACAUCCAGGACCAGCCAACUGGGAAGGUAAAUGGGCUGCUCAACAUUGAGAACGUGAAGAUGUGGGGGAGAGUCAUUUGUAAGCCGAGGGAGAAGAGAGGACGACUUCACAUCGUUCUCCUGCUCUGUGCAUUCUUCAUUAGCAUCAUAAUUUUCAUGGGCUGGAGUGACAUAGGGUUCCUGUUUGUGAAGUACCAGCUGGGAUCACAGUGGAGCAGCACCAUGUAUGGGACCUUCCUGGCUGUCAGUGGAAUACUGGCAUUCUUAGGACUUUCACUGUUCCUACCGUUGCUGUCACGUUUCCUGGGGGACACUAAGCUGGGCCAGGUGGGCAUGCUGUCCAGAGCAGCCAGCAACAUCAUGGUUGCCUUCACUACAACUGUUUGGAUGCUCUUCCUAGGUCCUGUAAUUGGAUUGUUUUCUGGGUUUGGUGCUGCCUCUUUACGAUCCCUUUUGUCAAAGGAAGUUGAACCCACAGAAAAAGGUGCACUAUUUUCUGUGGUGGCAUCAGUGGAGGUGCUAAGUCAACUGCUGGCCAGUGUACUGUUCAACAAUCUGUAUCCCGCCACCCUCAGCUUCUUUCCUGGCUUCUGCUUCGUACUGAUGGGGGGAGUUAUGAUCAUUCCUAUGAGUAUACUACAGUGGCUUGAGAUGGACAUUAAGCGUACCAGGUCCUACUCCACCCUUCAGGAGGAAGGAACUGAGUUGGAUGGAUCUCCUGAUGUCAGACUAUCUCAGGACUUACAGGCCUCUCCACAGUCCCCAGCACAUCAACAAUCUGAACCAGAAAUAUCCAAUGUCACAUGCUAGUGUCUAGAGAAAAUGUAGAUACCCAAUAUUUUGUGCUAUAAAUUAUUUUGAUUUACUUUUAAGCCCUUUAUUUAAAUGUUUGUUGUUAUAAGUUUUAGCCAGAAUUCAUGGGUUGUAAUUAUUUUCACUUUUUUUCUUGCACUGUUAUGAUUUCUAUCAGUAUUUUUUGUAUAUUGGUGUAGAAGUUAUUUCGUUACACCAGUGGCUAUAAUAUAAUCUCCCAAGCCAUCAACCAAUAUGAAUGAUGUGGUGCAUCUUUUGUAAACAAUUACAGGGAUUGUGGAAAAACAAAGGAACCACUGAUGUUGUCUAUAAUUUGCGCCAUAUCAAGUCGUAAAGGCAGGCAACUGUAUUUUUUACAUUUCGAUGAGAACAAGCCUAUAAUCAAGAAAGUGACCCUCUGAUAAUCAACUGUCUUACCCUACCAGUAGUCAACAGGGGUCAUCAACCACUAAAAUUGAUGAGAAAUGAGGCAAAAUCAAAGAUUGUUGAGACCAUGUUUGAUUGUAUCUGCAUCUGCAUAUAUACCCCCAAAUGACCCCGCGAGGGGCAAAAGUAGGGGGGGGAGCUGAGGCUCCCGGGUUAGGGCGGGCAGGCCGCCUGCCUGGCACGGAAGUGCUCAACGUUGGGAGCGCUUACAACCGUGCCAGGCAGGGCAUUCCACUCGGGAAUUGUGCGUGGGGAAAAAAGAGUGUUUGUAGAUGUCGGUGCGUGAAUAUGUCGGUGCGUGUUGGUGCGUGCGAUUGUAUCUCAGCUACAGUAUAAUAAAAUCUUACCAUG